UCUUUAAAGUGGUGGAAGGCGUUCUUAAGAUACCUGUUUGGAACAGCAUGAGCCAGGCGGCGUACUUUGCCGGAGAGCUGGUGUCCACCAUUGACAGUGUGACAUGGCACAUCACACACAACCUGGGAGGAAGCCCUUCAACCAUCACAGUCCAAGGCAGUUCACCUGUGGCAGAUUAUUCCCUGGUUAAAAUGCCUCCCCAGCUCCCAGAUGUCCCGCAGUAUCGUUUCCCAUUACAAGGACAAAGUUAUAUUUCUAUACCUGGAGAAGCAUUCCAAUAUUCAG